GGUACACCUUCCAAAUAGUAAAAUACAUACUGUAAACAAAUAUCAUAUCUGAAGUAAGCGCUCACUUUUGCGAUACACACGUAAUAGUUAUAACAGUAUGCAAUAACGAAGUAUACUCCCCAGCAAUAUUAGCAUAUCUGAAAUACUUGUAUAUUAAACUUCGCGAAUGUGACCUCGUUAACAUCCGGUGCACACCUUCAUGUGGAUCACACCCUCACAACAAAGGCGUAAAAUACCGGACUAGCAUAACUGAGUAUUAUAGACACACACGCACGCACGCUUUCGAAAGGAAGAAUAAUGGCAUUGAUAGGGGGGACAGCUGGGGCCGCAGGUAUGACUGUACCAGAAGAAAGACCAGCGGAAGUAACACAAUACAGUGUUAACCAAACAGAGUACCUGGGAUCUGAUAAUCCGUGUGCCGCCAUCGCAUGUGUUGCUGCGAGACGGUUCUUACAACUUAGAGGCAGCGGGUUGCUGUUUGUGAAGAAUGACGAUGAAUGCAUGCGGCUCAUCGGCGAAGGGGUGGUGUUUCACAGUCGGUGGAUGGCGUCAGAUCUGAAGCGCACCACCAACGACCUCGCCAGUGUCGAUGAGAUUUGUAGCUUGGAGGGUAUAGGGGUAAGCAUAUCGACGGAUUUAUUUUAUGCCGGCCAAUUGGAGAACUCCUCCUUCGGACUGUCGCUGGUACAAUCAUUACGGAAGAUAUAUGCACCUGAAGCAGCCAGCCCGGCAGCUUAUAUAUUAACUACAAGUAAGUUACAAACAAAGUUGUAG